AUGAUCAUUAUAGUUCUAACCUCAUUCCUUUGCUUCCUGGGAAGUGCAUCAGCUUCUGUUGAAGAAGCUGACACUCUUCUUAAAUGGAAAGCAAGUUUUCAGAACCCGGAUAAUCCCCUGCUAUCUUCAUGGAUUCUUCCGCCAAACGCUGCGAAUUCUUCUCAUUCUCGAAAAGAAAUCGCCGCCGUUUGGUAUGGUUUAAAUGGCUCAAUUCCUGAGGAGAUAGGGCAAUUAAGGUCUCUAAGUGAUCUGGCUUUGGCCACUAAUGAUCUUGAUGGCCCUAUUCCUGCUUCCUUGGGCAAUUUGAAAAACUUGACUUACUUGUAUUUCUAUGACAAUCUACUUUCUGGCCCUAUUCCUCCUGAAUUAGGACAUCUUUACAAUCUUGUUGAGAUUUACAUGUACGGAAACCAGUUAUCAGGUGCUAUUCCACCCUCCUUUGGAAACUUGAACAAACUAGAGGUCUUGCAUCUUUUCAGCAAUAAACUCACUGGUCUCAUUCCUCCUGAGAUAGGGAAUCUAACAUCACUGCAUAGUCUGAGUUUAUUCAAUAACAGUAUAAGCGGCUCAAUCCCACCAUCACUAGGCAAUCUAGCCAGUUUGACUCUCCUGCACCUAUAUGGCAAUCAACUCUCUGGUUCAAUUCCCAAGGAGUUGGGCAAUCUGAAACUUCUCGAGGAUCUAGAAUUUGCCGAUAAUCUGCUAAGUGCUUCCGUUCCUGCUACACUAGGUAACUUGAGUAACUUGCAGUAG